AGCACAGCUGACAAAAAACUUGUAGCCUCAUUGAUUCUCUCCCUCUCUUAUCUCUUUCUCUCUCUUUCUCUCUCUUUCUCUCCCUAGAUUUGCACUCGUUUUUAGGCCCCCAUCAUAAACACACUCCUGCAAGAAAAAGAAAACCCAAGUUUCCAGUGCAUGCAAUUACCACCCAAUUCAAUCUUCCAUGCACACCCUCGCAUGCAAGCACUCAAAACCCAAGACCAACAUUCAACUACCCAAAAAUUUAUCAGCACACCCACAUUAAAGAUGCAAGCUUUACACUUACCCAUCAAUGAAACAGUUGAUUCCAACAAGUUCAUAAUCUAGCUUCGAGCUGCUCUGUUUUUGUCAAGAAAAAAAUGGCUUUAGUAACAGAUGCAAUUUUGCCGCUUUUUCUUGCUCUGUUUCUGCAUCUUUCAUUAGGGCUUAUGUCCUGUGAGGGAAAGCUCGACGGAAAUACAACUUUGAGCGUUCUUUUGGAGGUGAAGAGGGCAAUUGAGGAAGACCCAAAAAAUGUUUUGCAUGGAUGGUCCGAAAGCGACCAAAAUUUUUGUACUUGGAGGGGUGUGACUUGUGGGUUUGACUCGGUGGACAACUCGGUCCAAGUGGUGGGGCUCAACCUUUCCGACUCGUCACUCGCCGGGUUGAUAUCUCCCUCACUCGGUAGUUUGCAAAACCUGCUCCACCUUGAUCUUUCUUCUAACGGCCUCUCGGGUCCCAUCCCGCCAACCCUCUCUAACCUCACGUCCUUGGAAUCUUUACUUCUCUUAUCGAACCAGCUCAGUGGACCCAUUCCGUCUCAGCUCGGCUCGCUGACGAGUCUCCGAGUCAUGAGAAUCGGCGACAAUGGGCUCACUGGGUCCAUUCCCGCCACUUUGGGCAAUCUUGUCAAUUUGGUCACGCUUGGUUUGGCCUCAUGCAGCCUCAACGGUACAAUACCUCCCCAACUCGGCCGACUCGGCCUACUGGAGAACUUAAUCCUGCAGCUCAAUCAGCUCGAGGGUCCGAUUCCGGCCGAGUUGGGGAACUGUUCCAGCCUCACUGUAUUCACAGCUGCUAACAAUACACUCAACGGAACAAUCCCCGCGGAGCUCGGCCGUCUCAGCAACCUCGAGCUCCUGAAUUUCGGCAACAACAGCCUCACUGGCCAAAUCCCAAGUCAACUUGGUGAACUGAGUCAACUCGAAUACAUGAAUUUCAUGGGGAACCAACUUGAAGGUCCAGUCCCAAAGUCCAUAUCUCAACUGGGCAAUCUUCAGAGUCUUGAUUUAUCCAUGAACAAGCUCACAGGAGGAGUUCCCGACGUAUUCGGCACCAUGUCCCAGCUGGCAACCUUAGUUUUAUCAAACAACAAUCUUUCCGGUGUCAUACCAAGAAAUCUAUGUUCCAACACAACAAGUUUGGAGCACCUGAUGAUUUCGGAUUCCAGAAUUUUCGGCGAAAUCCCAGCAGAAUUAGGCCAAUGCCGAUCAAUGAAGCAGCUCGACUUGUCCAAUAACUUGCUCAACGGGUCAAUCCCAGAUGAUAUUUAUGGACUGGUGGAGCUGACUGAUCUAUUGCUCCACAACAACAGCUUGGUGGGUUCGAUUUCUCCAAUGUUAUCAAACCUCAGCAAUCUGCAGUCACUUGUUCUGUACCACAAUAAUUUGGUGGGUCCUCUGCCGAACGAGAUUGGAAUGCUUGGGGAGCUUGAGAUUCUGUAUCUGUACGACAACCAGCUCUCCGGAGAAAUCCCAAUGGAGAUUGGCAACUGUUCAAGCUUGCAGAUGAUCGAUUUUUUCGGAAACCGGUUUAGUGGGGAGAUUCCGAUUACCAUUGGGAGGCUCAAAGAUUUGAACUUUCUUCAUAUCAGGCAGAACGAGCUGGUGGGUGAGAUUCCCGCCCUAUUGGGGAACUGUCACAAGUUGACUAUUCUGGACUUGGCGGAUAACCGUUUAUCCGGUGGGAUACCGAUAACUUUCGGGUCCCUUCAAGCAAUGGAGCAGUUCAUGCUGUACAACAACUCGCUUGAAGGUAAUCUUCCUGAUACAUUGGCUUAUAUGGCAAAUUUGACUAGAGUGAAUUUGUCGAGAAACAAGUUGAAUGGGAGCAUUGCUGCAUUGUGUGGCUCGAGUUCGUUUCUUUCGUUUGAUGUGACUGACAAUGCAUUUGAUCAUGAGAUUCCUUCCCGGCUAGGAAAUUCGAAAUCUCUUGAAAGGUUGAGAUUGGGGAAGAAUCAGUUUACUGGUAAAAUCCCAUACGCAUUGGGGAAUAUCAGUGAGCUAUCACUGCUGGAUGUGUCCGGAAAUUCGCUCACUGGAUCAAUACCGGAUGAGCUUUCAUUCUGCAUGAAACUGUCCCACAUUGACUUGAACAACAACCUUCUUUCGGGCACAGUUCCGUGGUGGUUUGGAGGUUUGCCUCAGUUAGGAGAGCUGAAGCUGUCCUCGAAUCGCUUCACCGGGCCUCUUCCUAAUGAAUUGUUCAAUUGUUCUAAACUGCUAGUGCUUUCUAUGAGUGAGAAUUCUCUCAAUGGAACCCUCCCUGCUGGGAUUGGUAACCUGGAAUUGCUUAACGUCCUAAACCUCGACCACAACCAGUUUUCGGGGCCAAUUCCUCCAGCUAUUGGGAAACUAGGCAAGCUGUAUGAGCUUCAGCUCUCACAGAACAGAUUUGAUGGUGACAUACCCUAUGAGGUUGGACAACUGCAAAAUCUUCAGAGCAUUUUAGACCUCAGUUACAAUAAUUUGAGUGGUCAGAUUCCAGCCUCUAUUGGAUCACUGUCGAAACUUGAAGCCCUCGAUCUAUCUCACAACCAACUUGUUGGAGAAGUUCCUUCCCCGGUUGGUGGGAUGAUCAGCUUGGGAAAGCUUAAUCUCUCUUACAACAACCUACAGGGAAAGUUGAGCAAGCAACUCUCGCACUGGCCAGCUGAUGCCUUCGCAGGAAACUUUCAUCUUUGUGGAAGCCCUCUUGGAAGCUGCAUUGGCAGGAAGAAGCAGACGGGGCCUAGAGAAUCGGUGGUGGUAGCCAUUGCUGCCAUAUGUACUCUAUCUGCAAUCGCUCUGCUGAUAUUUGGAGCUGCUUCUCUCUUGAAACACAAGCGAAAAGAUUUUCGAAAAGCCAGUGACAUGAACUGCCUGUACUCGACCAGCUCUUCCCAUGCUCAGCGAAGACUGCUCUUCGCAAAUAAUUCUGUCAAGCCGGAUAUCAAAUGGAAAGACAUCAUGGACGCCACGAAGAAUCUGAGCAACGAGUUUGUAAUUGGCUCAGGAGGGUCGGGAGUAAUCUACAAAGCUGAACUGCGCACUGGAGAAACUGUGGCAGUAAAAAAGAUUUUGUAUAAAGACGAUCUUAUGGCAAAUAAAAGCUUCACGACGGAGAUUAAGACGCUUGGGAGGAUAAGACACCGGCAUCUGGUGAAGUUAAUGGGGUACUGCAGCGACAAAGGAGCAGGCUCCAAUCUGUUGAUUUACGAGUACAUGGAGAAUGGAAGCGUGUAUGAUUGGAUACACCAACAACAAAGUAACAAGAAGAAGAGCCUUGAUUGGGAGGCGAGGCUAAAGAUUGCGGUUGGAUUAGCUCAAGGAGUGGAGUAUCUCCACCAUGACUGUGUGCCAAAGAUCAUUCACAGGGACAUUAAGUCGAGCAAUGUCCUGCUAGAUUCCAACAUGGAAGCACAUCUUGGGGAUUUUGGCCUUGCCAAGACACUUAACGAGACUUAUGAGUCCAACACAGAAUCGAAUACAUGGUUCGCUGGAUCCUACGGUUACAUAGCACCAGGUACUAAUCAUGCUUAUUCACUCAAGGCAUCAGAAAAGAGUGAUGUCUACAGCAUGGGGAUUGUGCUUAUGGAGCUUGUUAGCGGGAGAAUGCCGACAGAUUCAUCUUUCGGCAUGGACAUAGACAUGGUGAGAUGGGUCGAGAGGCAUAUCGAAAUGCAGGAUUCUACUCGUGAAGCGUUGAUAGACCCUGCACUGAAACCACUAUUAUCCGGAGAAGAAAAUGCCGCAUUCCAGGUUCUUGAAAUUGCACUGCAGUGCACGAAAACCAGCCCAGCAGAGAGGCCUUCGUCACGACAGGCGUGUGAUCAACUACUUCAUGUCUUAAAUCAUCGGACGGUGGAGUUUGAGAAGAAGAAUUUAGACUCUUAUGCAUAAGUAAUGAACCGCGUUACAGAGGAUUGACGAAAAUUUGUUGUUAGUAUAAUUUUCCACUCCAUCCCGAAGAGUAACUAGGAUCAAUUCUGUCGCGUAUUUAUUCAUUCUGUUUGGUUUGGGCUAGCAACCAUAAUGCAGCAUUUUGUUGCGGGGUGCUACUGAUGCGAAUUGGGUUUGUGAGAGUUUAUGUUAUCUUAUCAUCUAUGAAUCAAGGCAAUGGGGCGGACCGGAUUCGGAUGUGCCAUCCCCAUACCCGAACCUGUUCGGAACCCGAAACCGUAGAAUCCCGAACGGGUUUUCCCCAUAACCGAAUCCAUUGGGUAACGGAUUUUCUAUUGGACAACGGUUUUUCCCAUUAUAAUAUUUUUAUAUUAUUAAUUAAAUAGUAAAU